GUUUGCGGACCGGUUCCUGGAGGCUGCUGAGAAGGUGAUCUUUGGGGAGGCGGCGGCACCUCAGGGAUCCUCUUUUGCCAGCGGGAUGAGGAGGCUGAGACUGCUGGACUUCAAUGGCGUGAUUAUGUUCGCCAUGAACCGCCGCAGUUCAGGGUCUCAGUCCAUCGUAAUCUCCCAUCUCCAUUGACUGCGAUCCCUGAGGGCCUCGCAAUGCAGAUCGGGGUCUUGGGCACCGCCACACCAUCCGUCUCACCCCCUGUAAUCUUCCCACCACCAGCCAAGGAGUAUGCAACCACUUCCCGGUGGCUUUGCACCUCCAACCCCGAGUGGUGGAAGGCGAUCGCCUCCCAGUCCCACGCUGGAGGAGGCCCAUUACCUGCUCAGCGCCCCUUGCUGGACUUCGCCCGGGAUGUCGAGGCCAGGAAGGCGUCCGUUCCAGGGGUAAUGGACCGGCCUUCCUGUUGUCCUGGAUGGACAACCCUCCACCUUUUCCGAAGCGGGAGGAGAUGGUUUAUCAGCCGUUCUGUCAGUUGGUGGAACGGCUGCAGCUUUGAGAGGAGCUAGUUAAGGCUCCUCUCCCAGUUGCCAUCCGGUCUCCUCUCGUUCCGGUCUGAUGUCCGUCCCGGAGCACUGCGUCCUGGGCACGAUCACACAGGGUACCUCAGCACCUUCCGUCUCACCCCCUGCUUCCUCUCCCUCACCAGCCAGCCUUCGUGGCAAGCAAGGGAGCAACAUUAACGAGGGGAGAUUGCAAGCGACGUGGACGGGCAGGUGACAAAAAUCAAUCCUAAUGGGAAACUGGCGGGAAGAUGAUGGGACAGGUGAAAGAGAUGAACACUAAUGGGAGCUGACGGAGAUACAAGGGGGCUGGCUUAAAGACGCGACGACGGAGAGAGAGCAUGGCAUUAUAGAACCAAAACAUGCCAUGUCCUUUUUCCAUAUGAAACACUCUGCACUUCAACAUGUUGCCUGAGCGAUGCUGCGCUCCACAGUGGAAGCCCUCCUGCCGGCGUACCGGCCGCGCGCCACAGCCCGAGCACCAGUUCUCCAUCUGAAGGACCUGCACGAGGACCCUCACAAACCCCAGCUGACGCCCACCAUACAGGAGGAGUGCUCCGGCUCCAUGUGGAGGGAGGCCAUGCGUAAGAGGACCUACCUGCUGGAGAGGAGCUCCCGGGCAGGAGAAUGCGCUGGUGGCGGGAGACAGAGGUCCCCGGACUGGCUUUACGAGUCGUACUAUUGUAUGAGCCAGCAGCAUCCGCUUAUAGUGUUUCUGCUUCUUAUUGUGAUGGGCGCCUGCCUGGCUCUGCUGGCCGUCUUCUUCGCCUCUGGACUGGAUAUCGAGGAUCACGUCGCCUUCGUAAUCACCGUCCCCACCGCGCUGGCUAUUUUCCUCACAAUCUUCGUCCUGGUUUGCAUCGAGUCCAUCUUCAAGAAGCUGCUCCGGGUUUUCUCCCUGGUGAUCUGGGCCUGUCUGGUUACCAUGGGUUACCUCUUUAUGUUUUUCGGAGGCAUCAUCUGUCCCUGGGAUCAGGUGUCUUUCUUCUUGUUCAUCAUCUUUGUGGUUUACACCAUGCUUUCCUUCUCCAUGAGGGAUGCCAUCAUAGCCAGCGUACUCACCGCGUCUUCUCAUACAGUUGUCCUCAGUGUCUGUCUCUCCUCUGCGACCGACCAUGUGGAGCCCCUAGUAUGGCAGAUCCUGGCAAACAUCAUCAUUUUCAUAUGUGGGAACCUGGCAGGAGCGUAUCAUAAACAUCUGAUGGAGCUGGCGCUAAAGCAGACGUAUCAGGACACCUGCAACUGUAUCAAAUCACCCAUCAAGCUGGAGUUUGAGAAGCGGCAGCAGGAACGUCUGCUACUCUCUCUGCUUCCCGCGCACAUCGCUCGAGUCAUGAAAGCUGAAAUCAUACAGAGGCUUCAGGGGCCAAAGUUUGGACAAGUGGAAAACACCAACAACUUCCAUAAUUUAUAUGUGCAACGUCACACCAACGUCAGCAUUUUGUAUGCUGAUAUUGUUGGAUUUACUCGAUUGGCCACCGAUUGCUCACCCGGAGAGCUGGUCCAUAUGUUGAAUGAACUGUUUGGCAAAUUUGAUCAGAUUGCCAAGGAAAAUGAAUGCAUGAGAAUUAAAAUACUUGGGGACUGCUAUUACUGUGUAUCUGGCCUCCCAGAGUCCUUGCCAAACCAUGCCAAAAACUGUGUGAAGAUGGGCCUAGACAUGUGUGAAGCUAUUAAGAAAGUACGAGACGCCACAGGUGUGGAUAUAAACAUGCGAGUGGGUGUUCACUCCGGGAAUGUUCUCUGCGGUGUGAUUGGCCUCCAGAAAUGGCAGUAUGAUGUAUGGUCGCAUGAUGUGACUUUAGCCAAUCACAUGGAAGCUGGAGGUGUACCUGGGCGAGUCCACAUCACCUCAGAAACACUUGAGCACUUGAACGGAUCAUAUAAAGUUGAAGAUGGAAAUGGCCAGGAACGGGAUCCUUAUCUAAAGGAGCAUGGAGUUAUAACCCACUUGGUGAUCAACCCGAAGGCUGAAAGGAAGAGUCCUCAACAUUACAACAGACCCAGACACACCAUGUAUGGAGCUAAGAUGAGAGCUUCAGUGAGGAUGACCAGAUACCUGGAGUCCUGGGGUGCAGCCAAACCCUUCGCUAACCUUCACCAUCGAGACAGCAUGACCAAUGAGAACGGCAAGAUCAACACUGCUGAUGUCCCUAUGGGCCAGUACCACUUUCAAAGACGUUCGGAGAGAACCAAAUCUCAGAAGAAACGUUUCGAGGAGGAGCUCAACGAGAGGAUGAUCCGAACUAUUGAUGGCAUCAAUUCUCAAAAACAGUGGCUCAAAUCAGAGGACAUUCAAAGAAUAUCAUUGUUUUUCCACAACAAAGCAUUGGAAAAAGAGUAUAGAGCCAUGACACUGCCAGCCUUCAAAUAUUACAUCACAUGUGCCUGCCUCAUAUUCUUCUGCAUCUUCAUCGUGCAGAUCCUGGUCCUGCCCAAAACUGCAGUUUUGGGAAUAUCAUUCGGAAUGUCCUUUCUAAUGUUGUCUCUGAUUCUGCUCAUUUGCUUCAUUGGUCAUUUCCUGCACUGCAAUAAGACAGCCUCCGCAUCUUGGCUGUGGCUCCUCCGAUCAUCAGGAAUCAUCGCCAACAAGCCCUGGCCACGCAUCACCCUCACCAUGGCAACCACAGCCCUCAUCCUGGUCAUGGCUGUCUUCAAUAUGUUCUUUGUCGAAGAGAACCUGCCCCCCACAGAUGCAGUUUACAAUAAAUCAAACGAGACGUUUCUACACCCUGAUGGACAUCCCAUAUCUUACCAGGACAAGAACACCUUCUACCUUCCCUAUUUCAUCUACAGCUGUAUCCUGGGUCUGAUCUCCUGCUCUGUGUUUCUGAGGAUCAACUAUGAGCUGAAGAUGCUCAUCAUGUUAACUGCAGUGGUGCUCUACAAUGUCAUCAUACUUCAAACACACGCGUCCCUGCUGGACGAGUACAGCGAAUUCCUUUACAAAACAGAAGUCAUGGAGAGGCCAGGAGUUCUGAAAGACUUGAAAACGAUGGGCUCAAUCUCUCUCUUCAUAUUCUUUGUCACUCUGCUUGUUCUAGCCAGACAGAAUGAAUAUUACUGUAGGUUGGAUUUCCUGUGGAAGAACAAGUUCAAGAAGGAGUGUGAGGAGAUCGAGACCAUGGAGAACCUCAACCGCGUCCUGCUGGAGAACGUUCUGCCCGCUCACGUCGCAGAGCACUUCCUGGCCAGAAACUGGAAAAAUGAGGAUCUGUACCAUCAGUCAUAUGACCUGGUGUGUGUGAUGUUCGCUUCCAUUCCGGACUUCAAAGAGUUUUACACAGAAUCAGACGUCAACAAGGAGGGUCUGGAGUGCCUUAGACUCCUCAAUGAGAUCAUUGCAGACUUUGAUGAGUUGCUCUCGAAGCCAAAGUUCAGCGGAGUGGAGAAAAUAAAGACGAUUGGAAGCACAUAUAUGGCAGCUACUGGACUCAAUGCCUCACCGGGGCCCGAGUAUACACAGGAGCAUGACAGACAGUACAUGCACAUCGGCACUAUGGUGGAGUUUGCCUUUGCUCUGGUGGGGAAGCUGGAUGUCAUUAAUAAACAUUCCUUCAACGACUUCAAACUCAGAGUGGGUAUAAAUCACGGGCCUGUGAUCGCCGGAGUGAUCGGUGCUCAGAAGCCCCAGUAUGACAUCUGGGGUAACACGGUGAACGUAGCCAGCAGAAUGGACAGCACAGGCGUGCUGGGAAAAAUACAGGUGACAGAGGAGACGAGUCGUAUCUUGCAGACGUUAGGCUACAUGUGCACGUGCAGAGGAGUUAUAAAUGUGAAAGGGAAGGGAGAGCUGAUAACAUACUUCAUCCACAAUGAGAUGAGCCGCUCUUUAUCGCAGGGGAAUGUUAUGCCAUGAAUCACGACAACAGAUGCGGAUCGAGCUGAAGACGAUGUUAAAGAGAGACAUUUGUAAAUAAAUGCGCCUAGUCUUUAGAUGCACGCGAUUUUGGGUGUGAUACCAUUUCUACCGUAUCUUAUAGGCAGGGUUCGUGCACAGGGUACUGUAUGGUAGCAAUUAUUUUGUAAGAAAAUCAAAUAUAACAAAAAAGUGUUUUGAUGUUUUAAUGCCAUUGUUUUUUCUUUUUGUAAAAACUUCAUUAAACUUUUUAUGUAAUUUCUC